UACAUAUCCCUUUACUCGUCUCUCUAAACAUAGUUCCUCUCCUACAUUCUAUUGAACUCUACUAAACCUCUGAAAAUUUUCUAUCUUUUUCUCAUGGAAACCACCUUAGACUUUCUUGGUGGUGGUGGAUUGCCCUCUAAGGUUCCAUCUAAUUACCAAACUGAAGAUGAGCUAGAGUUGGGCCUGGCUUUGAGUCCCUUUGGUGGUGAUGGUAAUACCAAGGAGUCACUAUGCGCUGAGCAGCAUGGUAGGAUAUUGACGGCCAAAGACUUCCCCAAUGGCUUCUCAAGGAAAUCCACCUCUGGAACAAAAAGAGCUGCCGAUUCUGUUGCUCCUUCAGAACUCGAAUCCCCUGAUACUUCUAAUGUGAGUCAAGUUGUGGGAUGGCCACCAAUAGGAGCUUAUAGAAUGAACAGUUUGGUUAACCAAGCUAAGACUCCAAGUGCUGAAGAAGAUAAACUCGUUGGUGGGAAGGAAACAAGUUGGGACAGCUUGAAGAAAUUUAACCAUGGAAGCAACGACCAAGACACUGCUGAUAAAGAAAUUAAAUGCCGUCUUGGGUUUGUGAAAGUGAAUAUUGAUGGAUUGGCAAUAGGAAGGAAGGUGGAUUUGAAUGCUCAUUCUUGCUAUAUGACUUUAGCACAAGCACUAGAAGAGAUGUUCUUCGGAUCCCCCAGGGCCAUGAGUUCUCUCUGUGUUGAGAAGGAACAAGCAAGAAACCACUCAAAGCUUUUGGAUGGAUCAUCCAAGUUUGUGCUCACUUAUGAAGAUAAAGAGGGAGAUUGGAUGCUAGUGGGAGAUGUCCCUUGGGGGAUGUUUCUUAGCACUGUAAGGAGGCUUAGAAUCAUGAAGAUCUCUGAGUCUAGUGGAGUAGCUCCCAAAUUCCAAGAAAGGGAUGGGAAACAAAGAAGAAAGCCUAUUUAGCUUUUACUACAAUCCUUAUCAAGCUCUUGAUCUCCGGUAAUGAUGAAAUUCUGCAUUUUGAGGAGGAAACUGAAGGAAAGUAUAGGAUUUGAAGGGUGAGAGCAUUUUGCUGAGAUUGGUCUUUUAUUUUCUUUUUAAAAUUAUAUCUAGAGUUUUGUCGGUCUCGUUAUGUACAACCUCAUACUUUACAAGCGUGAAUUUCCCAUGUAAAUAUCAGAAUGCUUGAAAAUUCGCAUUCAGUUUGUUCCAAUCUAGUUGAUUUUGGCAUAUUUGUAUUUGUUUAUGCUUUCCCUUGGAUAUGUCAUUUGCAAAUUCCAAUUAAAUCCAAUAUUUGUUUUAUUGCUUGAUUCA